AUGGAGGAUGAAGAAGGCUAUACUGCUCUGAACCUUCAGUCCAGAAAGGAUACCUCGGGAACUGCCUCUCCAUCUGGGAAACAAGGGGCCGCAGUGGAGGAAGAAGACGGCUACACUGCUCUGAACCGCCGGCCUAAGAGGGAUUCUGCCUCACCAACGGGCAGACAAGAUGGUCCCCCAUGUCCUCGUCGUCACCUUAUCGCUCUAUGGAUAGGAUACAUUGGCAAUGUCAUCCUGGCAGCAGCUGUUAUAGCCUUGGCUCUGCAAUUGAAAGGAAAACCUGGGACUGAAGCUGGCAGAUCUAUUGGCCCAUGCUCAGAGAACUGCAGUGCCGCUUUAGAAAAUUUUCGGUCUCGUCUAAGAAGCGGACUCUGCAACCAAAACCCGAGCAGCUCCUCAGUGAAUUCCACUUGCAAAUUCUGCCCUGAACACUGGCGCCUCCACAGGGACAAGUGCUACUGGCCAUCAGCAGAUAUUAAGUCCUGGCAUGAGAGCCAAGAUUAUUGCUCAGCAAGGCGUUCUCACCUAGUGGUGAUCCAAGACAAGGAGGAGAAGGAAUUCAUUCAAAAUAUUACAGUGCCAGGACCCAGAUACUGGAUUGGACUCUCCUUAUCAUCAUCUCCAGAGAACAAAUGGGUGUGGAUUACAGGCUUGCAGAUUGAUCCAAAUUUGUUUCAAGAACCGAAGGGUGCUACAAGAAACUCCUGUGCGGCGAUAAAGGAUCCAAUGAAUACAAUAACUGUUGACAAAUGCAAUACAGAACGCAGAUGGGUUUGCCAGAAAGACACUACUUUUCUGUGAUAUUGUAGUUGAUGUAGAUGUUUUUUGUUAUUUGUCACAAACACAAAAUAAAAAACCCUUAACAACU